AUGUCAGCGAAAAUAUUUUGCUCUAAUAAUUUCGAUUCCUCACUUUCGUCGUUAUCCGACUUGACACUACCACCUUUGAGACUUUCCUCGCCUCCAAGUACUUCUGAUGAUCCACAAAUACAGACUUCACCACGUCCAGUCCCUCUUAUUUUACAACCCGAGUUGUCAACCGUAAGGCAACUCUCUACACAACUACAACCAUUUUUGCACAUUCAACCGUUCAUGGUUGUCCAACCUAUAUCGCAACUACAACUUUUCAAUGAAAUGACAAUCGACCCUACUAUCAUCGAAGCAGGCAUUGCAACCCAUUCGUUUGUUCAAGAAAUAAAUAACUUGGCUCCUUCACAUACGCGACUGUGCAUUCCGAAAGCGCAUCCAAACAACUACCGACAUACCGAAGGAAACAAUCUUCCGCAAUGUUUCUUGCAAACGUCAGAGAAACCGGUUGUCUCAAAUCGCAAUCAUAACGAUGACAAAGAGAAUACGCCUCCGCCUCGAAUACUAAAGGAGGUUACGUGUGAGGAAUGUGGUAAGAUUUAUCGUGGGAAGAAUGCCCGUUCCAUUUUGCGCCGCCAUUUGAAGGAUAAGCAUAAGAUCGAGCAACCUCGCGCUACGCGCUGGGACAAUGAUCCCAAUCGUCCAAAGACUGAUGAGGAAAGACGCCAGAGAAUGUUGGAGUCAAAAAGAAAGUCAGCACAAAAAGCCCGUGCAAAGAAAAAUCUCAUGAAAGAGAUGGCACAGCAAGAGAAUACGCCUGUUACAGAUGCGUCUAUCACUCAGAAUCUGACGCAUAGGCUAAAACAAUGGUCCAUUACUUCGACUCCAUCAUCAACGCCUCCAAGAUUUGUCCGCGCUGUCAAUUCACCCAAUAAUGAAAUGCCGCCUUAUUCCACA